GCCAGCCCGAUCCGUUGCCGGAGAUAAUUAUCUUACCAUUGUCGUAACAAACUAAUCCCUCCACGUCGUUCUUUCUGCACGUUGAGGUAAGAGAUUUAUCUGGCAAUUGUGUACAUGAUAACCGUGUGUGGUAGUACGAAGUGUAAAGAAACGAAAUAAAUAAACAAUUGAUAAUAGAACGAGAAAUAUUGAUUAGCUAGCACCGUUAGUUAGCCGGUGUUCGUCGUUGGAAUCGUUGCAGCAGUUUCUGGCAAGAUGUUUGGUCAUGCAGGAAGUCAACAAGUGGCCCGAUACGACAACUAUCGAUUGUAUCGCGUUCUGCUGGCCAAUGUGCUCCACGUAGAAGUGUUCCAACAGCUGGAAGCAAAGAGUGAUAGCUUUACUUUCUACGGCCAUGCCCGCCAGCCGGGACAACAGCUUACUAUCAUGGUCGCGGCUAACAAGGUAGCUGAUUUCGAUGAUCUCCUCACCCGGUAUUCAGUCGAGGGACUGGUGCUGGAACAUAAUGUACAGGGACAGAUUGAUCGAGAAGCUACCACAGUGAAGACGAUCGAUGCGAAACCUAGCGAAAUGGAUUGGGACCACUAUUUCCACCUUGAGACCAUUUACGCAUGGAUGGAUUCGCUCGCUGAACAGCACCCAUUUGUGAGCGUACUAAGCAUUGGCCAAAGCUACGAAGGCCAGUCCAUUAAAGGGAUUAAACUUUCACGACAGGCUGGGAAUAAGGCGAUCUUUGUCGAGGGUGGCAUACAUGCUCGCGAAUGGAUUUCUCCCGCCACCGCAACAUACGUUCUGAACCAGUUGAUCUUUUCGACAGAUCCGGCUAUCGUCGAGUUGUCGACGGCCUACGAUUGGUUCUUCUUUCCCAUCGUCAAUCCAGAUGGCUACAAGUACAGCUUUGUGGGGGAUCGACUUUGGCGCAAAAAUCGAAAACCGUACGGGCUCUGCAGGGGCGUGGAUCUAAACCGAAAUUUCGACAGCAAUUGGGGCGGUAUCGGUUCUAGCGACGAUCCGUGCAGCUAUGACUUUUCCGGUAAUACCGCGUUCUCUGAGCUGGAGGCGAGCGCACUGGCGGACUUCCUGCAUAGGAGCGUAAAAACCGAACGCAUCCGCACGUACAUUGCGCUACACUCAUACUCCCAGCUGCUCAUGUUUCCCUACGGCCACACGGCGGACCAGGUGCCCAACUACGACGAUCUAAAGCAGAUCACCGAGCAGGCGAUCGAAGCAAUGACGGCGGUGAACGGAACGGAAUUCAAGGGCGGCAGUAAGUACGAAACCAUCUAUCCUUCGAGCGGCGGCUCGAUAGAUUGGGCGUAUCACACCGGUGGCAUCCCGGUGUCACUCACGUUCGAGCUACGAGGACCGGCCAACUCGACCGACAUGUUCAUCCUACCUGCGGAGCAAAUUGUCCCGGUGGGCAGGGAGACGCUUGCGGCUUUCGAGGCAAUCGUGCGUGAAUCGGCACGACUCGGCUAUUACGAUUAACUCUUCGGAGCGAAUAAAAAUACCGAUCGAUGUUUUAAAAUGGAAUCGCAACCGUGCUCUUUCACAUGUAUAGUAAUUGCUAAUUUUAUACUCCACUCGAUUUGA